CAGUAUAUUAGCAAUCCAGUCUUCACUUUUACUACGCUACUCUGCUAGCUUACGUCCAAAUGCAUUUAAAAGGCUCGUCUCGCAAUGCUGCUUUCUACCUGGGGGGGUGAGCAGGAGUCUGUCGUUGUUGGGUGAGCUGGCAUGAGCCUGUUCACACUGCGUGGGGGUGGCCGAGGGACAAGUGAUUAUUUCCUUCUAGAAUCUAAGCGGCAGCAUUUGUAACAAACAGAAGCAUCGCUACUGGGGGUGUCACAAGACGAGAUUGGGUCUACGAGAACAGUGACAUUUUGGGGGGGGGCUUUGAACCCUUCCUCCCCCCUCCAGCUGUUAUGUGAAAGCAGAGCAGCACAGCAUUCAUAUAAAGUAGUGUGCAUGGUGGAGGUGGGCCCUAUUAAUCCUUCCUGCAUCUUACAGUUUGGGGGGGGGAUAACUGUACAGUACAGGCAUGCACCACAUGUCCCAAGCCCCCCACAUCAGACAUCAUGUGUCAUGUGAUACUUUAGGCGCACCUCUGGCCCACUGGCUAGAUGGAAGCGUUUUAAGCGGGGGCGGGGGGUCUAAGCUGAUAAUCUGUCUGUUUUCGCUAUUUUGCUGCAGCAGGAUGAACAUCAAUGCUUCAUGUUGUGUUUUUCUAUGUGAGGUGGCACAUUCUGCGUCGUCAGAAGUGUUUUUAAAUAUGGGGGGGGGGGCACAAAACAAGAACACAGGCUGCAGGCUGUCUGGCCCUUCUUAAACCCAAAUCUUCAAAGCCAUUCCAACCAAUCAGAAACCAGAAGAAAGCAGGUUUUGGAGAAGGCACGGUGACAGCAAGGAUAGCUUGAGGAAACCCUGAGGAAUGUAUUUUGUUGAUGUGAACGUUCUUGGUCUCCUGUUUCCUCAGGCAGUUUGGACACAAAAACCAAAGCACAUUGAAAAGUUGAGGCUUUUAAAAACAACCACGCUCGUGUGAACACUGGCUCAGUCCUUGCAGACUUCUUCCAAGCUGGGAUGAUCGGGACGCAUAUCGUCAGCACGUCUGGCAUGUUUGGAUGCAUCCCGGCCAGCCACCGUUAAUCGUCUUGUUCCCCGAUAGUCCUUCCGCCUCCGUGUGUCUUGAUGUCAGCUGAAGAAAGCAGGAUCUGGAAAAGGCACAAUGACACCAAUGGUAAAGUAUGGAAAAGGGGAAUCAUAGGUCUGGAAUAUUUCCCAUCUAGGCUUCAAAUCUUUGAUUCUUUUACAAAGUGCAUUGCAAAGUUUAGGUUUUUCAAAAUAAGCACGCUCCGGUGGACACGUGUCGAUCCCAGCGGGGUUCUUCAAAGUGGUGAUGGUUGCUCCGCGUGUCAUCAACAUUUCUGCCAUGUUUUGAUGCAUUUUUGAUACUGAGCAGCUGUCUUCAUCUCACCCAGAAACGUUUCUUCCACGCUCUGUGUUGGGCCUCCCGUCAUAAAAGUUGAGGUUUUUCAGGUGGCGGGAAGGCGGUGUUGCCGCAUACCACCCAGGUUGGAUUGGAUUUCAUCACCCUUGGCUUGCAGUCUGUUUGGCUUACUGUAAACGUGAGGGAAGAGACAUUGUUUCUUAAAAAGAAACGUAUUUGAGUGGGAAUGAUCUUGUUUCCCAUGGCGGGCCAACCCCCGCCACCCCCCCAGAGGACGCUACCCUCGUCCGAUCACAGCGGCCGCUAUCAGUGAACAGAAUGUUGUCUUUUCUUGCUAAAAAUACCAACUGGAGCUGGAACAAGGGACCUGAUCCUGAUGUUUGCGUAGUGGCUGCAUGGCUGCAUUCCAGCAUGAUGCUGCUGAUCUUUCCAUCCCAGUCGGCUCGCCGGCCACCAAUCAAAAGGCGGUUGUCAUGCUACCACAUCAUCACGCCUUUGUGCCUCUUUUUAUUUUUAAACACUUCUGCGGUACUUAAUUACUUUUUGCCAUCAUAGCGAAGCUUCAUGUUGUGCUGUGCAUGAAUGUCAUAAAAGUCCAUCUUGGGGGCCGUUGCACGUGAUUUCACGCUGCCAGAAAAUGUCAGCAGCAGCUGGCAGAAUGUAACUUCAGUGCGGACACGCCUCGGUUAAUCUGGUCAUCUGCUGCACGCUUUAAAUGCCAGCCCGUAUUCCUGCACUUAAUGCCCCAUCAGCGCCGAUGAUGACCUGUAAUUAAGAACAAGCGACUACGGCGCUGAGGGGGAAUUAUCUCCCUGCAGGAGAUGCCUGGGAAAAGCCACGUGAGGAAAAACAAGCCAAGGAAGGAAUUAGAGGACAUUUCUACAAAUCAUGUGAUGAGAUUAGACCGAAUUUUCCGCUUUGACCACUGAGCUGGUUCUUCUUUGUCAAGUUUGCUGAGGAGAAUAUCAGAGUAGUUUGGGUCAGGAAGAGAAAAGGCCUCUAAAACGAAUAACCGGUAACACACAACGUAACUGCACCACACGGGCUAUGCGGGCAUCCAAAUAAAGGCUUAAACACCAAUAUACAUGCCAAACAAUACUGAUCUAUAACCCACAAGGCAUGCCGGGUAACGUCCUGUUGGGUAUGUGUGCAUGUGGGCUUCCCAGCAUGCCUUGCGGCAUCAAGGGUCUAAUUGGGGAGAUUAUGUGCACAAAAUGGCAGGUUUUCCCCACAGAAAUUAUGUUUUGAUGAACUAUCUGUGAAUAUGCAGGGGUCCACUGUUUCUCCAAAUGUCACUUCCUGCUGGGCAUGUGUUUUUUUCCCAGCAUGCCUUGUGGCAUAAAAAGCCUAAAUAUGGAGAUGUGCUCAAAAUUGCGCGUUUUCCCACAAAAAAAAACAUUUUGAUGAAAAAUGAAUGAAUUUGCGCUGGAAUAUGCAGUGGUCCGCUGUUUCUCCAAAUGUAUUUGGAAACAAGCAUGAUAGCAGCUGAUAAAUGUCACGUAUCAUCUUUUGUCAUUUCUGUAGGUUUCCGGUAGCGCUUUAGCUUAGCAUAGAAACUGGAAGAAGGCUAGUUAGCGUGUGUGUCUGGUUGCACAUGUCACCACUUAGCUUUGUCUUGAGCAUGUGUCGCUCGCUACGCAAACAUUUGGAUUCCUUCAAGAAUUUUCCACCAUUUUUUUUUUUUUUUUGACUGGGCGGUACAAAGAGCCAUUGUCGACACCCGUCAGAGAGCUGACGUCUCUUUUGACAGCGUUUGUGUUGUUGCAUGUUGGCAGCGUGUCGCACCGACGCAACGGCUCAUGUUGACAUCACGGGGCUUUCAAUUCAAGCUUCAUGGUGGGAAAACUGAGCUGAGCAUAUUGGUCGGGGGCGGUGGGGGCUGUUGUAUUAUUAAGGUGCUCCAAUCUCUCAGAAACAUGAGGCGCUGGUGUGCUCAAACGCGCUGUGCUCAGGCUGCGUAUGGAAGCAAAACGCUGCUUCAUCACAGACGACAGGAAGAACUCUUAAGUGCACUUCAAAGGUGUCCAAGCGAGCUUCCUAGUGCACUUGGAACUUGAAGUCAUGCCACAGAGUCAAUGUAGGGAAGUGUGCAAGCACUGUGAGUGUGACGUUUGUGGCCAUCUUGAAAGCUCCAUCAAGUUGAAUUGAACAUGAACACGCUCCAGAGCAUUAUGUGCAGCACAAGUGUGUGUGUGUGUGUGUGUGGUGCCUAACUGUUCUUUUACAUAACCCACCACAUCAUCCCAUUUUUUUUCUCCCGUUGCCGUGGUGAUGCAAAUUUCUACCAGCAUAGACAAUGAGAUUUGCCAUUGUUAAUAAGAAGUGCAGACUGACACACACGCAUACACACACAUACACACAAUGUCCCCACUACUCAAGUGUGUUUCAGUUUUUGCGACUUUAGAAAGUUUCCAGCCCUUAAACUAAAUAUGAAAUGUUUUGCGCAUAUCCCAGAAGUAGGGAUGUCUCAAUGCGAUCUUCAGGAUGGGAUCCUAGCGGCUUCGGCCACGAGAUGGGUUGCGUAUGAUGCCGGUAACGCUGAGCCGCACACAAGAUGCCAGGUACGGUAAUGCGCCUCAGAGCUGGUUGCCACUCGACUCCCGUGCUGAUGUUGCUUUCACGUUGGACGUUCACCAAACUAACAGGAGACGAUGCGAGCAUCUUCGUCACGUACACAAGAAUGGAGAGGCGGCAGGGCGCAGGGACACGGUGGGGGACAAAUGUAACAGAGCGAUUGAAAUCCUACCGGAACUGGACUCGUGGGACCAAAUGGGGCUGUGUGUCGUCGCGCAUUCCAGAGAUCAUGGCGGCCGCCGGGACGCACUCGCCGGGAGGCCCCAACGGCAUCAUCCGUAGUCAGUCGUUCGCCGGCUUCAGCACGCUGCAAGAACGGCGGUCACGGUGUAAUUCCUUCAUGGGCAACUCUGUGGCGCAGAAGAAGCCUCAGUCCAAACCCAAGAAGCCCCACCUGUCUGGUCACAAGGGGGGCAGCAGCAGCUCCAGAGAGCCUCAGCCAAAAAGACUGGAGGAGGUUUACAACGCGCUCAAACAAGGCCUGGAUGAAUAUCUGGAGGUUCACCAGACAGAGUUGGAGAAGCUCACGUCUCUAAUGAAGGACAUGAAGAGGAACUCACGCCUGGGAGUCCUGUAUGAUCUCGACAAGCAAAUCAAAGCCAUCGAGAGGUACAUGAGACGCCUGGAGUUCCACAUGAGCAAGGUGGACGAGCUGUACGAGGCCUUCUGCAUCCAGAGUCGGCUGAGGGAAGGCGCCAGCCGCAUGAAACAGGCCUUCACCUCCUCCCCCUCCACCAAAGGCACCAAGGAGAGCAUCACCGAGGUCAACCGGCGCUAUAAAGAAUACACAGAGAACAUGAGCGUGUUUGAGAGCGAGCUGGAGAACCUGCUCGGGGAGUUUCACAUCAGAAUGAAAGGUUUGGCAGGCUUUGCCAGGCUGUGUCCUGGAGACCAAUACGAGAUCUUCAUGCGUUACGGCCGCCAGAGGUGGAAGCUAAAGGGGCGGAUCGAGGUGAACUCCAGACAGAGCUGGGACGGGGACGAGAUGGUCUUCAUGCCGCUCAUCACUGACCUCAUCAACAUCAAGGUGACCGAGCUGAAGGGCCUGGCCACCCACAUGCUGGUGGGCAGCGUCAUCUGCGAGACCAAGGAGCUGUUCACCGCCAUGCCUCAGGUGGUGGCGGUGGACGUCAACGACCUCGGGACCAUUAAGCUCAACCUGGAGGUCACGUGGUACCCCUUCGACGUGGAGGACCUGACGCUGUCGUCGAGCAACGUGAGCAAAGCCACGGCCCUGCAGAGGCGGGUGUCCGUUUACAGCCAGGGCACGCCGGAGACCCCCACCUUCCAGGACAGCUCCUUCUUUAAGUGGCAGCCAUAUCCUGUGGAGCGCCAGCGUCUGUCCUUCCUGCACGUGCUCAGAGACGCCCUGCUCAAGAAGCUCAGGCGCACUCGCUCCUUUGGGGACCUGGCCUUGGUCCGGCCUAGGCCCAAAUCCAGUCUGGAGGUCUAUAAUCCGUCUUUUCCCUUUCAGUCGACGCUGCCGGACGACGUCUUUGAAAAUGGCGGCUGUGGCACGGUCGAGUGCCAGCGCCUCUCCUUCACCUUCUCCGACACGUCGGCGUCCACGCCCAGCCCGAGCCCGGCGCCCAGCUCCCACUCGCCAGCCCCGUCCAACCCCGAGAUCACAGUCACGCCCCCAGAAAUGGACACCUCCCCCUCCAGGCUCCUGCCGACCAGAGAGGGCUCCAUCGCGGAGGAGGACGAGGAGGAUGGCGAGACGGGCAGCAGAGGGAGCCGGGACAGCAGGACCAGCGCCAGCCUCGCCAGCGACGAGGCGGCCGAGGACUCGGAAUGGGAGCGCACCGAGUCCCAACGCAACCGGGGCUCAGACGCUCCGUCCUUGUGCUCGGACGGGCUUCUUUCAACGGUGGCGCCGGAGGACGUCUUCUUGGACCACGCCGACGAGCUGAAGCCGGUGGAGCUGGACACGGAGGACGGUGGCAACCUGACGCGACAGCUGGUGAAGCGGCUGACGUCCUCAGAAAUGCAGAGCGGCGGCGGCGGCGGCUCCUCAGAGGGCGCAGGAAGCCCGAGCUGGGUCGGAGAGGGAAGCAGGGCCUUCCUGGAGAGCAGCCUGGAGGACGCCAUUCACGGGCUGCUGAUGACGCUGGAGGCGCUGACGCACCGCUGCAGAGAGCUGCAGGACCUGGAGCAGGAAGUCAUGCGACUGGAGGACCUCCUGAAGUGCCGCCUCCCGGGUCACAGGAGUCGCUCGUCCAGCCUCAGCCUGACGGUGGAAAGCGCUUUGGAGAGCUUUGACUUCCUCAACACGUCAGACUUUGACGACGAGGACACCGGAGACGACGCCACCGCCGUCCUCAGCAUGCCGCCGCAGAGGUCGCCCCUCUUUGACGGCGAGAGGAUCGGUGGCCAGCAUCCAGAAGCACGGGGCCACCUCAGCGAAGCCCUGACCGAGGACACCGGGGUGGGAAACAGCGUGGCGGGAAGCCCCCUGCCGCUCAGCACGGGCAACGAGAACCUGGACGUGGCCGUGGUCAUUCACCUGUGGUACUGCAACCGCCUCAUCCAGCUGCUGACGGGAGCAGCGAGUGUGUGGCGGCGGCGCGGCGUUCUCCUCAAGCUGUCCGCUCAAACACAGCUUCUGGAGGAGCUGGCCGAGGUCAUCGUGGACAGAGCGGGGGCGGUGACAUCGGCGGUGGAUGUCCUGCCGGGCCUUGCAGAGCGCGAGGGUCUGAUGUCUCUGUGGUCCGAGUGCAGUGGUUCUGCCGGGCUCUUCCACACCACGUUGGAGCGGGCGUUGGCGCACAUGAAGUGGCGCUACGUGGGCACGCUGCAGGAGAGUUGUGACGCAGUCGUAUCUUGGGUGGUCAGCGACAUGGUGGACUGCGGCGACCUGGCCGGGUCCGAUGGUCCCGCCGCCGCUCUCUGUCAGGACGUCAUCACCGUCUUUCAGUUCCACAGUUACGUGGUAGAACAUCAAGUGGGAGACAUGGAGACGCACCUGCUGCACCUGGCCGGCGAGGAGAUGUUUGUGGAGGUCCUGUGCGGUGGAGACGCCUCCCAGCGUGUGUCGGCGCUGGAGGAGACGCCGCCGUCCUCCCUGCGGCCUCAAGGCAGCACCCUGAGGACGCUGGCCUCGAUGCUCACCGCCGAGGACCCCCGUCUCAACAAGGCGGCGGCCGACUACCUCGCCUCCGCCGCGCCGCACCGACACUUCAGGAACAAAGCGGUGGAGUGCUACACUCAGGCGCUGUCGGAGGCGGGCGUUCAGAGCCAGAGAGCGGCGUGCGCGGCGCUCAGCUGCCUGCAGGCUGUGGAGAGCAUCCGAGCUGUGGUGGCGCUGUGUGAUUCUGCCGACGAGGAGCUGCGGCAUGUCGCCAUAGAAACGCUGCUCACGUUGGGUGAGGAGGGGCGUCUGGCCUAUGAGCAGCUGGACACGGUACCGGGUGAAAUGAUGCGUUUGGGCACCCGGCGAGGGAACGCUGUCACCACCGCCUUCUGAGCCACACGUGCCACACGAAAGAAAAACAAAAAACUCCUCCUCGUCGGGAAGCCUGCUAGCGGCCUCACUGAUGCCCCCUAGGGAACGCACACACAAACACACACGCAUAUACACAUUUUUUUGGCUUGUAACUGGAGAGCACACCCGCCAUCGCAUUCACUCCGCACUCCCUCACUUCAUCAACGUUUUUACUGUGAAAGCUUCACUUCUUUUUGCACUUGUAAACACACAGCCACCCUCAUGUGCUGCUUUGUUCCGUGAUGUAUAUUUCAGUUCUACAAUGUUUCAGGGUGAUGUGUGUGUGUGUGUGUGUGUGUGUGUGUUGCGUGUGAGGACAAAGCAAGGCCCUCUUUGCAUCUUCUUAAACGUGCAGUUUUUCAAGUGCAAUUCUGUGUGUACAUAAGUAUGUGAUGAACGUGCCCUGGCAGGUCUCACAGAAACGGGACGGGCGCUUUUUUUUUUUAUUAUUUUAAUUUUUUUUUUUACAUCAGCCGUCCUAAAAGAGGCAUGGCUUCUUUUUUUUUCUUUUUUUACUUAAUUUUAGAGCACAACUGAGAAGGGGGAGGUUCUUCUUUCCAUGCUUGGCAUCCUAAAAUUCUCAACUUUUGAAUUGUACUACUGAAUCACAUCUUAUUUAUUAUUCACACCAUUCUAAUAACAUUCUCCUGUAUGAAUCACAGGGGACUUUGUGUAUAUGGGUUGUAUAUUUAUGUUCUCUGCUGUUGUUGUUUUUUUAUUUUACAUAUUAAAAAAUGUCCUCUGUUGUUAUGUGAUGUCACUCAUGCUUAACUUUUAAUUGGAAUUGUGAAUAUAUUCUAGAUUUAUUAUUUUGGAGAAAGAUUGAGAAAGCAAAUAGAUUUAUAUUCCCUGGAGUGAAUAAUUAUUUACGUAAUUGCAGAGACUUCUUAGAACCCAAGGAAAAGCAUUUUAUUGAGAAGGCGAAUGUAUUUUUACGCAUUUUGGCCAGAAUAUGAUGAAAGCCUUUCCAAGCACAGCUAAAAUGACCCACUGAGUGCUUCUAAAGUCAUAUGAAGUCCAAACAAGUCACACUUUUAUGAAAUGUAUGAUUUUUUCCCCUUUUGUGUAACCUGUAAAUGUGGGGAAGUUACGACUAAAUGCUUUUUGGCAAAUAUGGUCCACGUUUUUAACAUUUUAUUUCUCCCCGGAUGUGGCAGAACAAUAUUUGGUUGUAAAAGUGAGCUGCUUGAGUUUUUUUUAGUCUUUGAAAUAACUUUCAGUUGACCCGUGUUCUGGAAAGCUUUGUUAACUCCACACGUCUUGAAUGACAGAAAGCAGUUUGAACUGUUGACUUGGAUCCAUCUCUGUGGUAUCGCAGCAGUAUUUGUUCUGCUCGUGAAAAAGUUGCAAUAAACUUUAUUUUUGCACAAA